AUGGCGGCCCUGGUGGAAGGUUGUCGCUAUGGAUUAUCAUCAGAGGGCACAAAAUCUUCAGAUAAAACUUUGGUUUUUGUGAAACUCACAGACUCAGCUCUUCAGGCUGUAGAGGAGUUCGUCAAGUUCAAAGUAAGUUCAAAUCCAUGCCGUUACGGAAUCAUGCAAUUACAUUGAUCAAUCAACGAGCCACCCUUAAAGAAGAAGAGAAAUACGACUGUCCGGACAGCAAGCAUUACCUUCGAUGGGAACACUGGGACGAUACACAUCCCUAACCUACGGCAGGACUCGACCCGGAGCUUCGGAUUCAACUGUUCUUCGCUUGACAAAGAUGCGUCCCUGCAGCAAGGCUCGUUCGAUUGCAUCAGACAGGCUGGAAGUCGUCAGACCGAGCUCGAUAACCUCGGAGCGCUUCAGUACAAAAUGCAGAUAUGUGCCAACGAGGAAUCCUACGAAAUCACUCGAGCGCGAAUGGCAACAGCCGAACAGGAAAGCAAGAAGAACUGUGCCAAGGUGAUAAAGAUCACCGGUAGCGAUAAGUCUGCAGUCGGACGUAAAGUGAAGCUAAAGAGACCGGCAAGCUCCCUGCCGUCCUCGAACCCCGCUCCCAGCUCGCCUCCGUUCGCUCCCAGCAGAAGUUCAACAGUCUCCAGGGGCAAUGAGCGGGUGGAGCCACCCGUCAGACAGGAGCGACUCGACGAUCGCGUCCACGCAAGUUCGAUGCCAACUCUUCCUCUUGCGAACAACGUGAAGAACUCGAGUCCCGCUCAGGGCAUUAAAGCUCGUUCCAGCAGCGACAUCAUGAAGAGAACCUAUCGGGACCGACUGAUCCAUAUGCUGGCUAUUCGACCGCACAAGAAACCCGAAAUCCUUGCUCGCAUGAACAAGGAAGGCGUCAAAGACUCAGAGAAGAAGGGCACGUCAGCUCUGCUGUCACAUAAUACCACGCUCAAGGACAAUACGUACCACUUGAAUCGAUCUGGCUGGCAAGACGUUCAUGAGGACGAAUGGCCUUUCUACACUACCGAUGAGAGAUAUCUUGUCAAAAAGAACCGUGCCAAUCUGGACCGCGAGGAGCCGAAACACCACACGACAGCGUUACGAGUUUCUCCCGCGCUAUCAGGACCCCUCACUCCGUCGAACCCGUCGUCGGUCGUGUCGUCUGAUUCCGGAGUUCACUCGAAUAACUCGCCUUCAAGUCAUUCCGAAGAUGCGACCACGCCCAAUAACCGAGAUCAGAACCUGAAGAGGACGUCACCCCCAGAAUCAUCUUUCGAAGCUCAGCCAGAGUCGAAACGACCACGAGUUUCCUUGUACAGUGCCUGUCAGAAGAAGUCUCCCUCGCCGAUCGCUCCAGCUCGGAGUGCAACUUGGCAGACGAUGGGUUCGACAGGAUCGAGUUUUUGCCAGUCAAGUCCGGAGUUGUGCGGUUCUCCCAGCUCCCAGGACUGCAAGUCGACCGGGAGCUCACCGAGUAGCGACGUUCCCGAGUACCUCGGGCGGUACGUUGAGAUCACCAGCACAGAGCAGAGAUAUCGGUACAAAGACGAUUUCAGAGCUGAGUAUCCCCGUUACAAAGCGCUUCAUGAGGUGCUACAGAGCUACUCGCGGAAGUUCACCAAGCUUGAAAUGGAUUUGAGGAGUAGCGAAUACGGAUCGGAACCGUUCAGGCGUAUCGCGGCCGAAAUCAUGGAUCAUUACCGGAAGAGCAAAGACGAUCCGGAGUAUCAGAAUGCGAGGAAGAACUUCAAUCUUCUUCAUGAGAAACUAUCGUACAUCAAGCAAUUGGUGGCCGAGUACGACCGUCUCCGCUCAUAG